UACCUCAACAAAGAGGCAAAUAAAAUUUCACAUUAAAAAAUUAGUGCUACAGCUUUAGGAAAAGUCAGUAUACAGCUUGACUAUACUUUUCCCAGAAGACUGGCAAACUUGGCUAUACAAAUGUAAGCUGGAAACUGUGGAGUGUUCUCAGUGGAAAAUGAGCUGCAGGGAGUACCAGCUCAUCAGGGAGUACCACCUGCUCAUGGAUGUAUACAGAGAAGAGUUCCAGUCUUGUGGAGAAAAAGUCAAGGAAGAUGAAGCGGAGAAGGCAUUUGGAUUUGGCAGUUAAGAAGUCGUUGGUGGUGAUCCAUAUCUCUAUUUCCGGAGUGAUGAAUUGUUCCUAUAAGUUAUCAAAAUAGCAAUUUUCAUCUUAAAUAGAGUAAUUGCUUUACAUAAGAAACAUGGUGACACUAAUUCGCACACUAGCAGAUCAUGGUGAUGAUGUCAACUGCUGUGCCUUUUCUUCUUCUUUUUUGGCUACUUGCUCUUUGGACAAGACAAUUCGUCUUUAUUCAUUAAAUGACUUUAAUGAACUCCCAUAUUCUCCACUAAAGUGUCACACAUAUGCUGUCCACUGCUGCUGUUUUUCACCCUCAGGACACGUUUUAGCUUCCUGUUCAACAGAUGGUACAACUGUCUUAUGGAGUACUCAAACUGGACACAUUUUGGCAAUGUUGAAUCAACCCAGUGGCAGCCCUGUAAGGGUGUGCAGAUUUUCUCCAGAUUCUACAUAUUUAGUGUCAGGAGCAGCUGAUGGCACUGUGGUUUCGUGGAAUAUGCAGACAUACAAGUUGUUUAGAUCUGGUAGUGUUAAAGAUGGUUCCUUGGUGGCCUGUGCAUUUUCUCCUAAUGGAAGCAUCUUUGUCACAGGAUCGUCAUGUGGAGACUUAACAGUCUGGGAUGAUAAAAUGAGGUGCUUACAUAGUGAAAAAGCACACGAUCUUGGAAUCACCUGCUGUGAUUUUUCUUCACAGCCAAUUUCUGAUGGUGAGCAUGGCCCCCAGUUUUUCCGAAUGGCAUCAUGUGGUCAAGAUUGCCAGAUCAAACUUUGGGUUACUACAUUCACAGAUUUCUUAGGUUUUGAAUUGAAGCAUAAAUGUACACUGAGUGGACACUCUGCUCCAGUUCUGUCUUGUGCUUUUUCUUAUGAUGGUCACAUGUUAGUUUCAGGAUCGGUGGACAAAUCUGUGAUUGUAUAUGAACCUAAUAGUGGGAGCAUACUUCACACUUUGACUCAUCAUACCAGGUAUGUUACAACCUGUGCCUUUGCACCCAAUAUUCUUUUACUUGCUACUGGGUCAAUGGACAAAACAGUGAACAUCUGGCAAUUUGAGCUGGAAGUAUAUUGUCAAGCAGGUAGGCCAGAAGAUGAACCAAAGCUAUUUAUUGAAGAUUGGUCAGAGGAAGAAGUUUCAUUAUGGCUUUGUGCACAAGGUUUAAAAGACCUUGUUAGUAUUUUCAAGAUGAACAACAUUGAUGGCAAAGAACUGUUGAAUCUUACGAAAGAAAGUCUGACUGAUGACUUAAAAAUUGAAUCUCUUGGUCUGCGGAGUAAAAUAUUGAGGAAAAUUGAAGAGCUGAAAGUAAAGGUGGAAGCCCUUUCUUCUGGAAUCCCAGAUGAAUUCCUAUGUCCAAUAACUAGGGAACUAAUGAAAGAGCCUGUCAUUGCAUCAGAUGGAUAUUCCUAUGAAAAGGAAGCAAUAGAAAAUUGGAUCAGCAAAAAGAAGCGUACAAGUCCAAUGACUAAUUUGAUUCUUCCUUCACUUGUACUGACACCAAACAGGACUCUGAAAAUGGCCAUCGAUCGCUGGCUAGAGACUCAUCAGAAAUGAAACUGUUUAAAUGUCCUUACUUAGAUAAUUACUAAUUCCAAUGAGGUAAAUUUCUAGCAGCUUUAAAGGAAAACAUAUAUGAACUCAAAAAUUUGUUAUAUCCAAACCAAAAGAAGGUAAGCUAAAUUUUGUUUAACUAGUUUCUAUAUUUUGUCUUUAAAACAUAUUGUGAAUUAAAUUCUAUAUCUAACCCUAUUUAUGUUGUUAUUUUUAUACAAAUACAAAGCAGUCCAAUUAACAUAUACAACAAAAAGGUUUCUUUUGGCAUUAGGUAACAAUGUCUUUUAAUAUUAAAUAUCUCAACAACAAUUACUAUAGCCAAGUUGGCUCCUUGGUAGGUAUUUGUAUCAAAUAUUCUUACAACAAAUGUCACUCUAAAGAAAUCUUCAUUGUAGCACUGGUGGCCUAUUUUGAGCAGAAUUUAACAUAUAUUCAUUUGAACUGCCCUUUCUGAUAAAAAAUAUAUUAAUACUCUAAA